AUGGACGGAACGAGAUCCAGAGAGACAUAUUCCCUCUACGAAAAUCCCCUUACCUUCGAACAAUCAUCACAUGGCGAGUCUCUUCUGAACUGGUUAGAAUCGGUCAAACCAUACGGCCUUCGUCGAUGUAGGUCCGAAACGAACAUCCAACUCUUGCCCGAUUUCUGCGCAAAUAGGGCGUUUCCAGACACCGACAUUACUCCAUCUCUGGACCAGGGUACAUGUUAUACAGAUUAUCACGUGGCAGGGGUUUCUCGUUCAGAUGGAUCGGACUCUUCCUCCGAGGUGCAACAAAAGGCUGCUCACAGCAAUUUCCGGCCCAUGCUUUUCUCAAAUGGUAUAGAUAUGGUUGAAUCCGGGGAAAUGGUGCCAAGUAACAUUCAGUCGGUAGUAGAUUUCAUCACCUCUGAAUGUGGCCAACCGCUAAACGUGGGAAAGUCAGCAUUAGAGCAAGACUCAAAGAAGUGUGAGAAUAUGGCCAUCAAAGGGGCUUACUCGUAUGAAGUCAAAGACUUCUUUUAUCGCUAUCUUUUCUCCAGUCAGAGCCUUCCCGACAAUAUACGCGGAAACGAGACGACGAUGAAAAGAGAUGAUGUCCCAAUCGCCCCCUCUUGGGGGGCAGGGUCGGCGAUCAGCACUCCCGAUCCAGAUUUGCUCCUAGGAUAUGAUACAUGGAGCUUCCCAAUCACGCAAAUAGGUCAUCUCUAUCGCUGGGAUAUAAACAAUACAAAGUUCUCUUUUCUUUCUGUCGACUAUCAGGGAGACCAUACCUGCAACACCAGCAGGCUCUGGGUCGCUACAAAUCACUGCAUGGUAGCAACUGCUACUUGCGUUCAAAUUAUGAAAAAACUGCGGGCUGCGGUACUGGAACGAGGGAAUGCCGAAGAUGUCGAAGUGGCUAGCAGUCUCGAUCUGCAUGUCUUCGGGCUCGUUACAAAUGGCACAGAAGCGAGGCUUUUUGUAACAUAUCCGGACGAAUCCGAGGAUUCACAUAUCAAGUUUCAUGUCAAGCUUAUCCGUGGUUUUCUACUAUACGAUAUACAACACCGUGCAGACCUAAAGAGGUGUGUCGAGAAGAUCUUCGAGUGGGCUGAAGAACGUCGGGGUCACAUUAUGGUUGCUAUCGAUGUCAUCCUAUCUAGAAUUCUAGCCCCAAGGAAGAAAAGGAAGCGUCGGCGGGGAGAAUAG